AUGAAAUUUGAUACUGAAGAAUAUGCUCAAUAUGCUGGGAUUUUUCAAGUUGGUGGCCGACGACUUUGGAUAACCAAAAUAUAUAAAAUAAUUUUAAAUGGUAAUACUUUUCGAUUAGAAAAAAUUUUGGAAGACGAGGGUGAUGGUGUUGUAUUAGAGGGCGCUUGUGCGCUUAGAAUGUUUUUAAUGAAUUUAAAAACACCAUUGAUACCUGAACAUAUUCAAGCCCUUGUUUUAGGUGAUAACAAUGAUGUUGGUUCCGAAAUUGUUGCCAGAGACGUUUUAGGAUUAAUACGACAAGAUAUGAAGGGUCGCCAAUUAAGUUUAUUAACCCAAAUAUUAGAUUUAUUGCAUUGUGUUUGUAAACAUAGUACUACUAAUGAAUUAACGGGUUCCUAUAUGCCAGUACAAAUGUUGCCCAUAUUUUUUCAACUUACGUAUGAAAAUAUGGUAUUAUGGCGGAGAAUCGCAAGCAUUUUUGAAGAAAUUAUUAGAGAAGCGCCAACAAUUUUAGAAACUAUACCUUCUUAUGAAAGUAUUUCCGAAAUGGAUCAACAACCUUCUGGGCAAAUACUUCGCUUUAAUGAACAACAUCCUGUUGUGGUUGCAAGUGAUACUUAUAUAAAUACAAGAGGCCGUCCAGAAUUAAUGUUUGGUGAACAUUUCAAUAACAAUAAUAAUAGUUAUGAUAACAACCAACAGAGGCGUAUUGAAGUCAAUUUUAUUUAUUCACAAUUUAUAUUUUAUACAGGUGACAGAUUUCCAUAUUCUCCACGUAUGGCAACACAUGGGCAAUUACAUCCAAUUAUCAGAAGAAACAGAGAUAGACUAAGUAGACAAAUGAAUCAGAUAUCAUCACCUCUAAGGAGACAUAUGAAUCAGAUUAUAUCACUUAAUAAUAUCAGUAAUAUUAAGCUUUAAAAUAUUAUUUAAUUUGCAUGU